CUUCUGGUCUAGUCCGGGAACAAAACAACAGUAGUGCAGCUUAACACAAAAAAAAGGGAGCCAAACACACUCUGAGAAAACCCCCAACAUAAAUCACACCGCCAUAGUCAAAACCCCAUCAUCCACCGUAGCUCACCACCCGACCCAACCAUACCAACCAUGGGCGAUGAUGAUGAUCCAACUAUACGUAUCCUAUGCCGCAAACUUAUUCUCACCCCCAAAUCACAACAACAACAAGCAUCAGUAGGCAUUCAAUGGCUAAUUGGUUCCCCAUUUUUUCCUCAAUUCACAAUCAUCUCAACCCUCAGAUGCAUUCACACUCUUCCUUCCGAUCCCCUCUCUCCUGACUUUACUAAAGAAGCAGAUGAUAUGAGGUCAUUGUUACCUAGAGGAUUUGAGGUAAUUGGAGCUUUGAUUCUUGGCGGUGCAACCCACUUGAAUGCCGACGCCUGUGGUCGAGAUGCCAUAGAUGCCUCAAGUCGAAUGAGUAAGGCUCUUUCUCGGACGGAGAAUCGUAGUUUAGUUGGAGCUGUUGUCGAUCCAAGUUCCGGUGAAAUUCGUUUCUUUGUAUCGAACUCGAGUGUCGUUGAGUCAGUCACUUCAGUUGUGUAUGAAGACCAGCCUGAGAAGUAUGUUUGGGAGAGAGGUUGUAUUCUGAAUUGUGAACUUCCAAUCAAGUUGCCUGUGUAUUACUCCGUUAAAAAAAAUCCGAAAGAUGCAGAAGACAUGCUAACUCUUGCAACUGAGUCUGUUGCUGCUAAACUUAGAGACUCCAAAACAACAUAUCUACUAGAAACUCUUAGUGAGUCCGUGAUUAUUCGUACCAAAGAUGUGAAUCUCUCAGCAGAGACGCUUUCAGAUGACACUUCUCAAGAAUCUAAAGCAAAUUCUUUAUUGUGCUCCUAUUUUAGUUCUGAGAAUAAAAAUCGAAAAUGUUGUUCGACAGAGAAUGCAGAUAAAAUCCAAGUAACCUUCUUUCUAUCUACAUCAGAGGCCUCUUUAAAACCUGUUGCACCUAUUGCUGAAUAUGUACCAGGUGAAGCCAAGCUUCUAAUUGUAGACUAUAAAUUAAAAGUUAUCUGCUAUGCGGCGAAGGACCUUCGGCUGAAAGAUGAAGUUUUAAAGUUGAUUAUUCCUGCGUUAGUGGACCAGUUACAUACUAUGAAGGACAUGACCCUACCCAAUCUAUUAUCGCAACAUCCAAAGCUACAUCCAUAUCACUUCAAUCCUCCAGGAUUCCUGCACCCGAUAACUGCCAUUUACGAAUCACUUUAUGGCGAAACAGAAAUGAAGCAAGUUGAGAUCAGAAGAUCUCUUCAUUUGAGGCUUGGAUUACCUUUGGAUCGACCUCUUUUAAGAAUCGCUAGUGCUCUGAACUUGUCGAUUGCAAAGGAAAGUGCGAGUGGAAAUACUUCACGAAACGGAAGUCCUAUGCUCAAGGAUGUACACAUUGGGAUCCCAGGUAGUGGAGUUCAUGGAGGAGUUGUAUCUCUGGUUCAAGGUUCUUAUGAUUAUCAUCAUUACCUUCAAGAUGGUUUUGAUGACUCGGGCUGGGGUUGUGCUUACCGCUCUCUGCAGACUAUCGUUUCAUGGUUUAGAAUCCAACAAUACACAUCAAUCAAUGUUCCUUCACACCGGGAAAUACAACAGUCACUUGUGGAAAUUGGGGAUAAAGAUCCUUCAUUUAUUGGGUCACGUGAGUGGAUUGGUGCCAUUGAACUAAGCUUUGUCUUGGAUAAACUCCUUGGUGUAAGCUGCAAGGUCAUAAAUGUAAGAUCUGGAGAUGAAUUACCUGAAAAAUGCAGAGAACUCGCAAUGCAUUUUGAGACCCAAGGAACACCCAUCAUGAUCGGUGGUGGCGUCCUUGCAUAUACGCUUUUGGGAGUCGAUUACAAUGAAACAAGUGGUGAUUGUGCAUUUCUUAUACUGGAUCCUCACUACACUGGCAGCGAUGAUCUAAAGAAAGUAGUGAAUGGUGGAUGGUGUGGAUGGAAGAAAGCGGUUGACAGCAAGGGGAAACAUUUCUUUUUGCACAAUAAGUUUUACAAUCUCUUGCUCCCACAAAGGCCAAACAUGGUUUGAUUUUAUGCUAUUAGUAUCCCUAAAGAUUAAAGCAAAAGCCCUCCCUUCCAAAGGAUAUGCUAACUAGCUAAUGUUGACAAUUACAAAUGGUACCAAAAUGUUAUUUACUUGCUGUACUCGUAGAUUUAUACCUCUUAAAUGUUAAUUGAUGUUUUUCUUAUACA